AUGGCGCAGCUUUGGGAGGUGGUGGGGGGUGUGGACAAGGGCGGCAUCUUGGUGCGCUCCGGGCAGCUGCUGUCCUCUCCAGAGGAGACCUCCCGGCUCUCCACCGGCGCGUUGAUCCGCCAGGAGGAGCUGGUGGGGGAGCGCCUGCGGUACACGCGGCUCAGUGGCUCAGGGCCUCUGACAGGUUGGGUAAGCCUCAAAGUCAAGGACAAGCCCAUGGUCGCAAAAACCGACCGCACGCCGCCUGCGGAGCCAGCGCCAGCGGCGCCAGCAGCGCCAGCGGUGCCGCCGGCCAAAGAGCCAGCGCCCAAAGAGUCGGCGCCGGAGGAGGAGGAGGAGCAGGAGGGUGCGCCGGAGGCUGAGGCUGACCAAAGAGCAGCAGCAGACCACGCGCCGGUGGGGGACGUGACCUUCGAUGAUGAGGAGGAUGGCGAGGGUGAAGCAGCAGCACCAGAGCCGGUGGCGGAGGCUGCCCCCGAGCCGAAGGCUCCAAAGGAGCCGGCCGCGCCCGGAGAGAUCGCCGUUGGCUGCCAGGUAGAGAUCAGCGGUCUCAAGAGCAAGCCGGAGCUGAAUGGCAAGCGUGCCACGGUGAUGCUCAAGGAUGAGGCUGCCGGCCGCUUUGAGGUGAGGAUAGAUGGUCCAGCAGACGACCGCAUCCGAUGCAAGCCCGAGAACCUCACAGUGGUGGUGGCCAAAACCAGCCCUCAGAAGUCUCAGGGUGAUGCUAACUUCAAGGAGGGGCGCCUGGAGCAGGCCAUCGCCUGCUAUCGCCAAGCCUUGGAGGAGGCAAAGGGCGACGACGAGUUCUCGGCGACGAUCCAAUCCAACAUCGCAGCCGCCUAUGCCAAGAAGGGGGACCAUCACAAGGCCCUGGAGGCCGCCAACGAGGCCGUGCGGCUUCGACCAGAUUGGGCAAAGGCGCACAGCCGCAAGGGAUUGAGCUUGCUGAGCCUGGGACGAUUUGCCGAUGCACAGGCCAGCUACAUCCUUGCGGUGAAGAACGACCCGGUCACGGAUGGGUAUCUGGCCGGCCUGGGCCAAGCAACGGAGAAGUUGAUGCAAGGCAAGUCUGCCAGCGACCGGCAGGCGGAGGCUGAAGCCAAGAAGGCCAAGGGAAAUGACGCCCUGAAAGCUGGGCAGCUGCCCUUGGCCAUCGCUUGCUAUACCAUGGCCAUCUCAGUGGUGAAGCCGCUGAUUGAAAGCGCGAAUCUGAAGCAGACAGCGGCGGUGUACUCAUCGAACCGCUCCGCCGCCUUCGCCAAGCUGAAGCACUGGCACUUUUCGCUGGGAGAUGCCCAGGAGGCGGCCCGCCUCAGCCCGCAGUGGUACAAGGCCCAGCUGCGUGUCGCCACAGCGUACUUGGGGCAGGGCCAUGCAGAGCAUGCCUACAAGACUUACCUCUUUGCCAGCGACCUGCCACAGGGCCUCGCGGAGGCCAUGAAGGAGAAUGCCAGCAUGCCCUGUGGCAGAUCCCGCGCCUGGAGUCGCCGCUGGCGAAGCAGCGGCUCACAAGAUUCGACCAGGACAAGAGCAAGCCGAAGGGCUGGUGCCGCAUUUUCGCAAUUUCUGAUGUGCACAUAG